CCUAGCUAAACCACUAGAAACAGAAAAAAACUACUUUUAUAUAGUAGAAAUAAAAAAUUAGGAAAGUACUACUAUAUAUCCUAAUAUGGCAGUUAUGAGCACAGAACAAAUAUUUUUCUCAAAAGCUUAUAUACUUUCAUCAGAUAAUGAUAUAGAAGAGUCUCUUGCAUUGGUGAGAGAAGAAGGUUUCAUAUCACUAAACCAACGUUGUGACACUAUGCUUCAUUUUCUGGCCAUAGAAGGAAAUGUGGCUGCUUUUAGAGCACUUAUUGAAGAAGGUCUUCUUGGUAGAGAAGCACUUAGAAAGAAGAAUGUCAAAGGAUGUACAUCAUUGCACGAAGCAGCGAGAUAUGGAGAGAAGGAGGUGGCAGAAAUUAUGCUAAUGCAAGACAUUGAUUUAGCACAUUUGAAGGAUGAAGCUAGGGAAACGCCAUUGUACAAAGCAGCUGAAUAUGGGAAGGAUGAAGUUUUUAGACUUCUUGAGGAUUUUGGGAGUGAUUGCUUCGCUAAGAGAAAUGAUGGUUGCACUGUUCUUCACGCUGCUGUUGACGGUGAACAUUACCGUAUGUUAGCCAACUUGAUACAGCGGGGAUAACUCUUUGACUCCGGGAAUGGCCCCAUUUCGGCUGUGAAUCUAAUCAACUCCAUCUGACCGCCACUACCAGAAAAUACCUUUUUUCCGACUACAAAUUCCGACUACAAAAUGUCAGUCGGAAUUUUCCGACUACUAU